AUGAGGAGGAAACAGGCAAAACCCCAGCGUAUCCGUCGAAGGAAUUAUCCUCGACAAAACUUUGAGAGAGCUCUAGCCUUGGUCAAGAAAGGGGUCUCCGUAAGGAGGGCAGCGCUCAAGUAUGGAAUCCCCAAGACGACAUUACUUGACAGAUUACGGGGAAGAACCAAAUCAAGCAUGGAUCUUGGAAGGGGCUCUAUUUUGACCCAGGAGGACGAGAGGGCUCUAGUUGAGCAUCUGCACAAGCUCUCAUCAUAUGGCUAUGGUCUGACUAAAACCCAGGUUAUUCAUCUAGCUACCAAUAUGGCAGAUGAACUUGGAAGAAGAGAGGAAAAGGCCAAGGGAAGACUACUAUCAGACACUUGGUAUUGUCUCUUUAGGCAAAGAUGGCCAGACCUUCGUCUUGUGGCACCCAGCAAGCUUCAGAUGAGUAGGGCAAAAUCAACGACGGAAGCUGUUCUGUCAAAAUACUUCGAGGAACUCCGUCAGGUCAUGGACAGGUACAAUCUCCGAGACAAGCCAUACCACAUCUACAAUGUUGAUGAAACCAACAUCAAUGCGGAGCAUAAGCCGCCGAAGGUUGUUUGUGUAGAUCAAGGAUCCAGAACAAAUUCGGUAACAUCGCAUCGGAUUGCCACUACCACAGUCCUGGCUUGUGGUAACGCUGCUGGUAGGGCUCUUCCUCCAUACUACGUCUUCAAGGGCAAGAGGAUGAUGCCAGAGUUGAUGGAUGGUGCACUACCUGGGUCAAAGAUGACACUUACGGAGACAGGAUGGAGUAAUGGAGCCGUCUUCUCCAAGUUCCUGACGGAGCACUUUGUGCCAUCCCUGCCUCCAAGAGAAGAUGGUGAAUAUGUCUUGCUCAUGUACGAUGGCCACACCUCUCAUAUCAGCACCACGGUCAUUGACUUCGCCAGGGCAAAUCAAGUCAUUCUCUUUGUGCUGCCAGCACACACAUCACACAUCACUCAACCCCUUGACGUCGCCUGUUUUUCUGCAAUGAAAUCAGCAUAUAAUCAAGAGUGUGCCCUGUACAUGCAGAAGAACCCCGGACAGGUGAUAACGAGAUAUGAAAUCGCUCGGCUCUCUUCAGCAGCAUACCUUCGAGCUCUCAAGGAAGAUAAUCUUAAGGCAGCAUUCCGGAAGACAGGGAUCUUUCCACUUGACCUGAAUGCAGUAAAGAUUGGUGAAGUAUCGAGGACGAGCACACUCGUGACACCGAAGUCACCCACUACCUCUUCAGGAGAAAUACAUCAGAUUGGUCCUAUGGGUGACAUGGGCGAAACCCAAGGAAGGACGAACCAGGCACCCAGUGAAGCAGAUCUGUUCUUGUCAUCGAGAACACCAUCUCCUCCUGAAGCAACACAGAAGAAAAGAGCAGUCUGCAAGAAAUACUACAGGGCUUCAGGAGUUAGCAUAACAGAAAACAACAUCUUUCUCAAGCUAAUCAGGGCCGAGGAGGAGAGGAGCACAGCGAAGCUGUCUAAAGGGAAGCAGAAGAAAGCUACCAGUCAGGCAGGACCAUCAUCAUCAGCAGCAGCAAGCAGGCGCCUCUUCGUUAAUCUUCCGACCAGCAACAAUACAGAUGAUGAAGAAGAUGAAAAUCCAUGCUGUGUGUGCAGGAGAAACACACCCCCUCACCCUCCUCAAGACCAUGUCGAGAUCUUCUCCUGGGUGGCUUGCGACAGCAAGGGUUGCACACACUGGGUCCAUCAAAAGUACUGCACGGGGUCAAGCCGGAGGUUUGGAAAAGACGAUGUAUAUAUGUGCCCUUGCCAUUGA